AUGGCGUCCUGGGCUGGAGGGGUUCGGGCGGUGCUGCUGGACGUGAGCGGUGUUCUGUAUGACAGCGGGGGUCCGGAAGGGGGCGCCGCCAUCCCCGGCUCUGUGCAGGCGGUCAACAGGAUUCGGCAGGCUGGCCUGAAGUUGCGCUUUUGCACAAAUGAGUCGCAGGCCACACGGAGUCAAUUUGUUUGUAAACUGCAGAGAUUUGGCUUCAGCAUUUCUGAAGAAGAGGUUACUGCUCCUGGCCCUGCAGCGAAAAGGCUAGCGCAAGAACGGGGACUGAGGCCACAUUUGCUGGUCCAUAAUGAUCUGCUCCCGGAGUUUGACUCCAUUGAUAUGUCUCAGCCUAACUGUGUUGUGAUUGGAGAUGCAGCUGAAAACUUUUCCUAUCAGAAUGUGAAUGCAGCGUUUAAUGUGCUGAUCGGCCUAGAGAAGCCGGUUCUCAUAUCUCUGGGAAGGGGACGUUAUUAUAAAGAAACCGAUGGAUUGAAGAUAGACGUAGGUGCCUACAUGAAAGCUCUGGAGUAUGCCUGUGAUGUCACGGCGGAGGUUGUGGGAAAACCAUCAAAGAAUUUUUUCAUGUCUGCACUGGAUGAGAUGGGAGUGAAGCCAGAUGAGGCUAUCAUGAUCGGGGACGAUGUGGUUAAUGACAUUGGUGGUGCUCAGAACUGUGGAAUACGCGCAGUACUUGUCAGAACUGGAAAGUACAGGCCUAGUGAUGAAACCCAUCCUCAAGUGAAGGCUGAUGGAUAUGUGGACAACUUGGCCCAGGCUGUGGACUUCCUGCUGGCUUCUGGAGGAGCUGGUCACUGA